AUGGAAAGGACCGGAGGAUCUCCGGUGGACGCAGGAGGAGAACGGGGUGGCGGAACCGCUACCGCCGCCGGGUCCGAUGAUCAGGAAGUGGGCAAUCGGGUGCACUGGAAACCCAGCGAGGAUGAGACGCUCCGGCGGCUUGUCGGAGAAUACGGACCGCAGAACUGGAACUUUGUUGCAGAAAAAUUACCAGGAAGAUCAGGUCUGCGAGAGACUUUGCAUCUCUAAGUAUCUUUCUCCAUCUAUAUAUUUGUUUCGAUCUCCGAGUCUAUCUCUAGCUAUAAAGAUCCAUUCACACGCCAUGUCCCGUUCUCCCUUCCUCCGGCGAUCUAGAUGAAAUGAUGUACUAUCGAUGCAUCCCAUUUCCUACUGACAGAUAAUUUUCUGGAGUGGAGGAAAAACUCGCCGCGAUCUGAGCAUAUAUUAUCGGGAACAUCUCUCCCUCUCGAUCUAUCUAUCUACAUAUAUGUCUAUCUUUAUCUGUCUAUGCAUCUGUCUAUGUACGUAUCUCUCUAUCUUUAUCUAUGUAUAUAUAUGCGUAUGUAUGUAUGUCUGUAUCUCUCUCUCUCUCUCUCUCUCUCUCUCUCUUCGUAAAAUUGAGAGACAGAUGUAUCUAUCUAUCUCCAUCUAUCUCUCUAUUUCUCUCUCUAUCUCGAUGUAUGUAUGUGUCUCUCUUUUUUUCUUCUCUCGACAUCUGAGUCCUCUUCUCUCCAUGUUCGUUCAGGAAAGAGCUGCCGACUGAGGUGGUUCAACCAACUUGACCCCAGAAUCAAACGAAGCCCUCUCACAACAGAAGAGGAAGAGCGCCUGCUCGCAGCUCACAGAGUCUACGGCAACAGGUGGGCUCUGAUUACGCGGCUCUUCCCCGGCAGAACGGACAACGCUCUGAAGAACCACUGGCACGUAAUCAACGCCAGAAUGCGGCGUGUGCAGACCAGGGCCGUCGGCAAGGGACGCGAAGCCGGCAGAUCACCCGCCUUCAAAAACCAGUCGUCCAAAUCUCUCGGUUCACCAACCUCGAGCUCGUCUCAGUCGGGGGAUUUCUCCUGCGUCGCCGCCCCCAAAGAGGAAAGACGCCACCGGAACUGGAUGGCCGGCUACGGCGUGCUGGAGAUCUCUCACUGCCAUGGACAGCCGCUCAGACGUUCCUUCUGCAGCUCUCCGGUCUACGGUGUCUACAGGAGUGGCCUUGCCCUUCAGGGGAAGAAGAGAACAGAACCAUUCGUCGGUGAAAACAAGGAGAAAGAACGGACAGAUGAACUCUUGAAUCACGAAAAGAUCCCCUUUAUAGACUUCCUCGGCGUGGGCUCACCUCUUGAGUAG